AUGGCAAGAAGCGGCAUGAAAGUUGACAAGUCCUUCAAAAGGCAGGGCUUUGUUGAGGCGGCUAACAUUGUCAAUGGAAGAUUCCCUACUGCCUCUAUAGAUGCAGAUAAUGUCGAGAACCACAUGUGCACGCUGAAGCAAAAAUAUCAAGAAAUCAAGAAACUUAUGAACCUUAGUGGUGUGGGUUGGAAUGACACAGAGAAAAUGCUAGUUCUUGAAGAUGAAACAUAUCAAACUUAUGUAGAGGGACAACCAAAAGCUAAAGAAUAUCUAAAUAAACCUAUACCUUUCUUUGAGGAGCUUCGAUUAGUUGCUGGGGACGAUCAUGCCACAGGUGAUCAAGCACGUUCCAUCUACCAACAAUUUGGUGGUACAAAUGAAGAAGAUGAAAAUCCACCUACUCCUGAUGUACCAAUGGAACAUGAACCUUUAGAGACAAAUGUCCACAGACAAGAAGCGGCAUGA